AUGUCCUUGUCAUCACGAUCACUUUCUGCUCGAGCUGCAAGCAGAGGGUCUCAGACGGUUUCUGAAUCGCGGGACGGAAGUUCCACGAGUGACACGUGGGAGGCGCGGUUGAGCCGCGGAACGGCGGAGCUCGACGCGCUGCUGGCGGAAGGCAAGGAGGAGCAGGCGCUGGCGCUCGUGAAGCGGCUCGCUGGACGAACGGGUGAAUUCAGUGAAUCCGAUGAACCUAGGGGGUCGAACGAGGCUGUGGACGGUGCAGGCCCGCAAGAUGCGGACGGGAAGGUUCUGAGAGCCUUCGGUGCGGCUAGACAGGUUCCCCGCCGGUCCUACACGAUAGAGGAGCUAAAGCUACACUACAUAGACCCUGCUCGCAUGCUGGCGCCCAGAGACACCACUCUCGCGGGUGUCAGGCAGGGAGGCCAGCUGGCGCUGCUCGCAGGGCUGGUUGCCACGUGGUGGGGCGAGCACCUGGACCAAUGGCAACUGCUGGGGCUGGUCAUAGGGUUACUGUUCAUCGGCACUGUAGACCAGAUUUCAACUGGUGGAGGUGGCGAGGCUCUGUUAGUGGACACCUUGGGGAAUCUGCUGAAACCCACGUAUCGCAGACGAGUUGCUCUGCACGAGGCGGGCCAUUUCCUCGUAUCCUACCUGGUGGGCAUCCCCCCACGCAGCUUCACUCUCUCCAGUCUGGACGCCUAUCAGCGCUACGGGGCGCUCAACGUGCAAGCCGGCACCACCUUUUUGGAUCUGGAUUUCCAGAAGCAGACAAGGACACGCCAAAUCAAAUCCGAUAUGCUGGAUGCCGUUUCCUGUGUGGCUCUGGCUGGAGUUUGUGCGGAGUACCUGCAAUUCGGGGUUGCAGAGGGCGGCAUUUCUGACAUUCAACAGUUGGACUUUUUGUACAAGUCAUUGGGAUUCACGCAGAGUAAGUCAGACGAUGUGGUGCGGUGGGCAGUAUUGAACGUGUCAACCAUAAUGCGGCGCCACAAAGACCUGCAUGAAGAGUUGGCAAUUGCCAUGCUGGAUGGUCGGGAACUGAAUAACCCGCAGUUUGCUCGCUCGCGCGCCACGGACCGUGCUGUUCCAGCCGCACCGAGAUCUGACCCGAUACGAAGUGCUCCGUUUUCCGCUUCUGGUUCCGACGGCGCGGAAGGGGGAGAUGCGUGGGCGCGCGGGUUCUUUCCGCCGCGCGUGGUGCAGGUUCUGGACGUGCUGGCGCAGGAGAGCGGGGCGGAUCGGCGCGGAUUAGUCGUGGAUCAGUGGAGAAAGGACGGCGGGAAGGAUGGGGGAGGGGAUGGGGGGAAAGGUGGCGGAAAGGAUGGGGGGAGUGGGCGGGUGGCGGAACGGCUGGAGCGCCUGGGGCUGACGCUGACGGGGAGGGACGUGUCGACGGUGCUGCGAGAAUCGGCGGACUGGCGCAUGACCGUGGCGUUCUUUGAUUGGGCGAGGAAACAGGACUUGUUUCGACCAAGCACGUACGUUUACAAUCUGGUGCUGGCGGCGCUGGGGAAGGGGCGGCAGUGGGGGCGAAUGAAGGAGCUUCUAACGGAGAUGACUCAAAAGGGGGUGGAGCUGGAUAACGUCACUUAUUCUACGAUUAUCAGCUCUGCUACACGGGCGGAUCAGCAUGAUUUGGUGCUGCAGUGGCUCGAGCAGAUGGCUGAGAGCGAGUGCAUGCCCGACCAGCAUGAUUUGGUGCUGCAAUGGCUCGAGCAGAUGGCUGAGAGCGAGUGCAUGCCCGACCAGGUCUCCUACGCCACAGUCAUGCACGCCCUGGGGCGCGCAGGCCGGCCGGGAGACGCUGUUCGUCUCUUUGAGCGCAUGAGAGCCACAGGGUGGCGCCCUGAUGCUGUCACCUACGCCACCAUCAUUACUGCUUUUGGAGAGGCUGGGGGACCGCAGGAGGCGUAUGAUUUGUGGAAGGAGAUGAAGAGGGUGGAUGAGGGGAUGGGGCAGGCCGAAAUCGUCUUUCGAACCAUGCAGCAGGACGCACACGUACCUGUUACUACAGAGGCUGUGACUAUAAUGAUGGCGCUUUACACGGAGAAGGGCGAGGUGGAGAAGGCCUUGGCUCUCGCCGAGGAGAUGCGGGAGGUUUAUCUCGCUGGCGAGGGAGCUUAUAACGAGGACGGGAGCCGGGGUUAUAACGAGGACGGGACGGCGGCCGGGAGCGGGAGGGGCGCGAGAGACGGGCCGUUUCGGCCGGACGCGACGUUUUACAGCGUGGUUUUGCAGGCGUGCCGGGAGUGUGGAUUGGUGGAGGAGGCAAGGAGGGCGUAUGCAAGCAUGAAGAGGGAUGGGGUGGUUCUCACUGAGAACAGCGUGAGGCAGCUUGCAGGGCUGUUUGCAGAGAAGGGCGGGCGGGGAGGGGAGAAGGGGGAGGCUGGCAAUGCCGGGUCGGCUGUAGCGGCAUCGGCUGUAGCAGGGUCGGCUGUAGCAGGGCUGGCUGGCAUGGAUCCGGCUGUAGCAGAGGUGGAGGCGUUACUAGCAGAUGCAAGAGCAGCCGGAAUUUACCUUGGCGGCCGUAGCAGCAUCGGUGACCGAAUCAGGGGGUCAGGUUCAGAGGAGUAUCUUGGUUUGGGCGUGGACCUGAGUGGGUUGAGUGCGGUGCCUACCAAGGCUCCUACGAUCCCUGGGGGCCGCUUCGACCUCGCAGCACACUACUUCAAGAAAAUGCUGGCGGCAGGAAUUGAACCCGACACCCGCAUUGCCAUUGUCUUCCUCGACCUGCUGGGUUUCACCUCCCCUAAAAAGAUUCUGGAGGGGCGUGAAAAGGAUUUUGACAAAGAAAUGAGCACUGAGGGGGUGAGGACCGAUGCUCCUGUGCAGGCAACGCAAGGGAUGGUAGCUGCGAGGAAGCUUCUACUGGACUGCUUGAAAGUGGUUGACUCGCGGAUCCAUGAGCUGGUGGUGGUGGGGUUGGGGGAGGCACUCGAGAAUGAGGUAGGUGAUGAGGAAGAGGGGAGGGGAGCAGCAGUAGCAGCAGCAGUAGCAGCAGCAGCAGCAGCAGCAGCAGCAGCAGCAGCAGCAGCAGCAGCAGCAGCAGCAGCAGAAGGCACGCAAUCAGCAGCAAAAUCACCAGCAACAGAGCAAACCGCAGACCCUAUCACUCCCUUCACCACCUUGCUAGACCGCACCGUAGCAGGCGUGCAUCGCAGGGACCAGAAACCCCUCUGCAACAACCUCCUCUCUCUGCUCUUCCUUUUCAACCGACGCGAGCUCUCGGUCUCGGUCCUUAAAGCCAUGGUCAGCACGCGUCAGAUCGCACGGCUGUUCUCGCGCGAUUGGCCGCACUGGACGCUCCACCUGUCAGGGUUGUCCUAUCACGGCGCACAGGUGGCGCUGCGCUAUUGGCUGGAGCUGGUCGCAGGGGCGGUGGAGGCGGGAAAGCGGUUACCGCGUGAAAUGGAGAUUGAGGUUGGGGUGGGAAGGUCGAGGAAGAGGCAUCUGAGAGGUGCGGUUGUUCCGGAGCUGGCUAGGCUCGGGUCGCCGUUCCAGAGCGAUGAGGAUCGGCCGAGGCUGUUGGUGGCCAAGGGUGCUGAGGUGGCGGCUUGGCUAUGCUACUAUCCGGGCGGCUACAAACGCAGACAAGUCAUGGACAUGGGCGAGUACGCGCUAAUAGCAGGCUCGAGAAGGUUCAGGGAGGAACGGGAGAAGAAGCAGAAGCAGAUGCUGGGGAUCCACAAGGAUGAGCUCUACAUUGAACAGCCGCCCGGGAGCGGCGGCGGCGGCGGCGGUGCUGCCACUGCCGCCUAUGCCGCUGCCUAUGCCACCCGUGCUGCCGCCCAGGCUGCCGCCCAAGGGGCAGCUGAGGAUAUUGCUCCAGGUGCUGCCACUGCCGCUUACGCCGCCCGUGCUGCCGCCCAGGCUGCCGCCCAGGCUGCCGCCCAAGCUGUCGCCCAAGGUGCAGCUCAGAAUAUCGCUCAAGUCAACGUUGGUCCUAUGCACCCCAUGGCGGGGAGUACUGGCGCAGAGCACAUGGGAAUGGUGUAUACAUCAGCGGAGGAGUUUGGUUAUACAUCAGCCGCGUCAGCUCCCUCGCUGAGAGGCGGAGGAGGAGGCGGAGGGGGAGGGGGAGGGGGAGUGGGAGGCGCGCUAGCCAUGCCCUUGCUCGUGGGCAUGGGCACGGGUGGCGGUGGUGCGAUGGAGGGUGCCUCGGGAGCGUACUGGGCGACGGAGGGGAGCAGCAGCAUGGGCGCCGGUGGUGCGUCGUCGGGUGCGUUCCUUGCAGUGCAAGGCAUGGGGGGCAGCAGCAGCCCCAUGGGCGGUCAGCAGCAGGGGGGGAUUUCCAGCAGCACGGGAGGGUAA